CGACUGCGCUACGGCCCGACCGGGGCGGUGAUGGCGGCUCCACAUUAACGCCUCCUCCUCCUCCGCCUCCCCUCCGCGCUCCCGCCCGCGCCCGUCAGCCGGCUCCCCCUUCCCUGACGCCGCCUCUCCCCCUCCUCUACCAUGCCCGGCAUGAUGGAGAAAGGGCCCGAAAUACUGGGGAAGAACCGAUCGGCCAACGGCGGCGCCAAGAGCCCGGCGGGCGGCGGCGGCGGCGGCUCCUCGGCCAACGGCGGGCUGCACUUCUCGGAGCCCGAGAGCGGCUGCAGCAGCGACGACGAGCACGGGGAUGUUGGGAUGAGAGUCGGAGCUGAAUACCAAGCUCGGAUCCCUGAAUUCGAUCCAGGUGCUACCAAGUACACAGAUAAAGACAAUGGAGGGAUGCUUGUGUGGUCGCCUUACCACAGUGUCCCAGAUGCCAAAUUGGACGAAUACAUCGCCAUCGCAAAAGAGAAGCAUGGCUACAACCUGGAACAGGCGCUUGGCAUGCUGUUCUGGCAUAAGCAUAACAUUGAGAAGUCCCUUGCUGACCUUCCUAACUUCACUCCCUUUCCGGAUGAGUGGACCGUGGAGGACAAAGUCCUGUUUGAACAAGCCUUCAGUUUUCACGGGAAGAGCUUCCACAGGAUCCAGCAAAUGCUUCCAGAUAAGACCAUUGCAAGUCUUGUAAAGUAUUACUAUUCUUGGAAAAAAACUCGCUCAAGGACAAGUCUGAUGGAUCGCCAGGCCCGUAAACUAGCCAAUAGGCAUAAUCAGGGCGACAGUGACGAUGAUGUGGAAGAAACACACCCAAUGGACGGGAACGACAGUGACUAUGACCCAAAAAAAGAAGCCAAAAAAGAGGGUAACCCUGAGCAGCCCCUGCAAACCAGCAAGGUUGGCCUCGGGAGGAGAGACUGCCAGAGUCUGCAGCACCGCCACCACUCUCAGCGCUCCAAGUGCCGCCCACCUAAGGGCAUGUAUUUAACCCAGGAGGAUGUGGUGGCUGUUUCCUGUAGUCCCAAUGCUGCCAACACCAUCCUGAGGCAACUGGACAUGGAGUUGAUCUCUCUAAAGCGUCAGGUUCAGAAUGCUAAGCAAGUAAACAGUGCGCUUAAGCAGAAAAUGGAAGGCGGAAUUGAAGAGUUCAAACCUCCUGAGUCAAAUCAGAAAAUUAAUGCCCGUUGGACCACAGAGGAGCAGCUUCUAGCAGUGCAAGGUGUCCGCAAAUAUGGUAAAGAUUUUCAAGCUAUUGCAGAUGUAAUUGGCAACAAGACUGUUGGCCAAGUGAAGAACUUCUUUGUAAACUACAGGCGCCGGUUUAACUUAGAGGAGGUAUUACAGGAGUGGGAAGCAGAACAAGGAACCCAGGCUUCUAAUGGUGAUGCCUCUGCUUUAGGGGAGGAGACAAAGAGUGCUACUAAUGAGCCCUCAGGGAAGAGCACUGGCGAAGAGGAGGAGGCACAGACCGCACAGGCUCCUCGGACUCUGGGUCCAUCACCUCCUGCCCCACCACCCACUCCAGCACCAACUGCCCCCACUGCCACUGUGAACCAGCCUCCGCCACUCCUCCGUCCAACGCUGCCUGCCGCCCCGGCUCUUCACCGGCAACCUCCUCCACUCCAGCAGCAGGCGCGGUUCAUCCAACCCAGGCCAACUCUGAACCAGCCUCCCCCGCCUCUCAUCCGCCCUGCUAACUCUCUGCCGCCCCGCCUGAACCCAAGACCAGUGCUGACCACGGUUGGCGGGCCACAGCCACCAUCACUCAUUGGGAUCCAGACAGACUCGCAGUCCCCACUGCACUGAGACUCAACCUGGACAAAGUGGCAGUUGCUUCACACCCAUCACUACACCAGUGCUCAUCUGACCGAUCCAAGCGAGGAAAACAUCCUUCCUAGACACCAAGGCUGCAAACCAGCUCUGUGGCGCGACACCGCAGGGAGCCUCUAAGCCUCCUACCCAGUGUUCCUUCCCCAGUGAGAUCUCCCGGGAGGAAAAAGGAUUCUAUAUACCAAGGGGUUUGUUUAUUUUGACUGUAUUUAUUUUGUUGAGGUUUCUUACUUUCCUUGCCUCUUCAUACUCAAAGCUGUUAGUACAAAAAUAUUGACUUAGGAAUUGUAAAAAAAAAAAAACGAAAACAAAAAAACUCCUUAAUUUCCUUAAGGAUUUUUAGCUUUUUGCCUUUUUUCUUUAAUUUAAACUUUUUUAAAAAAACCACUUUCCUAUGUUAGGAGUGCAAGAAUAAAUAGCCUGCAUUUCAAAUUUUUGAUAUGUUCAUAUUCAUAUUUAAGAAAUUAUAGCUUCAUAUCCCUUUUUUUCAAAAUACAUUGCUUUUUUUCUAAAGGAAUUUUAAUACAUUCCUUUAAAAGAAAGCAAUUAAAUCAAUUGCAAAGCAAUUAUAUGAAACCACAAAGAAUGUAUUGAACCUGCUAAUCCUUUAACAUAGUUGGGGUCCUAGUGCAAAGUCCUUGUUUAAAGGUCACUGGCCCUGUUGUCUGUCCAUAACAGAGGUUUGGGAUCACUUACUUGCAGAAAAAGGACUUUAAAUUUGGUGAGAUAUAAUGUUUUUAAGUUCUUCGAAGAUGUUAAUUUAAAAAAGAAAAUGUUUCUAAAUGCUAUUUGCUUUUAGCUAGUAUCUGCCUGUGCUGGGAAUUUAGAACAGAAUGUAUUUUGUCAGUUACGUGGAGAUGGUGGUUAUGGAAGCAAUUAUUUACAGUUUAUAUUAUGAACUUAAAGUUGCAAUUAUUUACAGUUUAUAUUAUGAACUUAAAGUUGCCCUCAUACUCAUUAAUAGGGUAUUCGUUUAAUAUGAAAAGGAUGCUUUUCUUUUUCUUGAUAAGUCUCUACUGUGCGUUUGGCUACAUCUGUGGGAUCCUUGCAGCCAGCUUGUGCUUGUGAUUUGACUUAGAGUUAAGUCAUCGGCUCCCUUCACGAGGUGAACUUGAGAGUCCAUUGUGUUAUUGCAAUAAUUGUGUCUUUAACUAAAGUACUGAGACCCGUUUUUUUAUGAACAGACUGAAAGUCUUUUUACUCCAGCACGAAAUCACUAGCACUUACAAAGAAUGUUUUACGGUGGUAGCAUUUCAACAGUGUGUUACUGGUAGUUUUGACAGAAUGGUUUCAUAUUGGGAGCAUGGCUUGCUGCAGAGGAGCAGAUUGCUAGUGUCGCAGGCCACCCACAUCAAAGGGGUACUCCCUAAGUGUUGGAAAAAUAGUUCCAGCCGUGAAGAGCCCUGGAUUUAAGUUAAUUUCUUAAUUUCCAAGUUUUCCUUCAGAAGGACCCUCCAUUCUGACAUAAUUGAAAGUGGCUUGCAAGAGAGGCUCUUUUUUUUCUUAUUGGAUCACCUGAAUAGUUUAUGUCCAUAUGAAAUGUAAUAUUAAAGAAUCUAUACUUAUUUUCACUUUAAAAGCCAUGGAGGACAGUUGCGUAUCUUAAGCUGUCGAGAGCAUUUUUUUAAGCACUUGUCUUGUGUGUGGGCAUCUCACGCCUCGGCAGCUUUCACUGUCUUGUCUCCGGUCGGUAGACCCUCAGUACAGUCUGGGGAACGUCAGCACCAGUGUCUGUCCAGGUGCUCAAUAGCUUGUGGUUCAUUUAAAAUCCGCUCUAUCCCAGACAUGAGCCUAGGUGCUGUAUCUGAGGGAUGUGUUUCAAUUUUAUUUGCAGACACUAGAGCACACAGUAGGAAAGUUGUAGUUUCAUUAGUAAUAUGACACGUGUAUAUAGUGAAAUGUCUCUAUUGUGUGCUUUGCAUAUUUUGUAAAUAUUUUGCACGCCCUUAUUUUUCUUUUUUUGUUUGAGCAGUGUUUGGCCUGGAAGAGUAAUAUGCUUGCUGCCUAAAGGAUUAAAGAUUUAAAGGUG